GCAGGGCAUUGCUUUGAAUCCAGUCACUUAUGGCUAUGUCUCCGGUCCACCUAGCGCUUCAAGAUCUCAGUUUGAUUAUAUUGCUCAUCUUUUUCAGUGCUGACUGUCACAAACUGCACCGAGAUCAACUUUGCAGGUCUACUUGCCCCGAUGUGCAGAAAGGGCAGAGGCACACAUAUAGAUACAGUACAACCAUAGCAAGUGCCUGGAAAGGUCCUACAUCAGGAGGCGGCCAGUUAGCUUUAGACUGUGUUGUUGACAUUGAUGUCCGACCAGGAUGUCCAGAAAUUAUAUUAAAGCUAAGGAACAUUCAAAUAAAGCACAGCUCAUCAAAAAGAGACAAUUUGGUGCUACGCUUGAAGAACAUAAGAGAGUCAUUGGAGAAGAACCCCCUGCGGUUCUGGCUCGAGGGGGGAAAGGUCACGAAGCUCUGCUCACAGGAGGCUGAGCAGGUGUGGACCCUCAACAUCAAGAGGUCCAUUCUGAGCAUGUUUCAGACCUCUCGCUCCGGACGAGCCAGAGAGACAGUGAGAGAGACUGAUGUAUAUGGGACAUGUGUGAGUUCUUAUGAACAGAGAGCACCGUCGGUGGUCAAGAGCCGAAACCUCCAGCAGUGCUUCGGUGACAGAGUCCGUCAGUUUUGGAGGCGCUCUGUCCCUCUGAAGGAAGGCAUGACAGUGAGCGCCGGUCUUGCGUGCAUCCAGCUCUAUGAUGGAACAGUGCUGAAGAAGGUCAACUGUACAGAAACGGUGUCACUGGUUCCCCUGCCAGACCUGUUAGAAGCAACAGAAACUAAAACCGUUUCAAGCCUAACUCUCCUCAGAACCCUUGAAGUGAUUCCAGUGGAUCUGGGGCAGAACACCGGUUACUUGACCAGUAUUGUGUUUGAGGCUGAAGGCAGACACGGUGGACCAUCGGUUCAGGAGGUCUCCAACACAGUGAGGAGACUGUGUGCUCAUCUCGCAGAUCAACAGCAGCAAUCAGAGCUUCUCCUGAAUUUGGUUCUUCAGUUGAGAACCUUGUCAUCCCAUCAGUUGAGAGACCUGUGGCAGGAAGCAUCCUUCAAAUGUCGAGACGACUGGCAGCCUCUAGUAGAUGCACUGUCAGCCUGUGGAACUGAGGAUUGCAUCCUUGUCACUACAAACCUGAUAAUCAACAAAGAAGUUGACCAGGAACAUGUUCUACCUCUCCUCAGUACUAUCAGUUUUGCUUCACAUCCUACCUCAUCCAUGAUUAGCCACCUCAGUGUUUUGCUGCAGAUACCUCUUAUCCGUCCAAAAGCUCUGUUGGUUGUGUCUUCACUGGUCCAUGGCCUUUGUCAACGGGAACAGGGUCCAUGUAAUGAUAUUUCUGAAGUCCAGCAGUUCGUCCUUGUACUGAAGCAAAGUCUUGAUGCAGGAUGUGAAGUGGAUGAUCGUUUGCAGAUCACAGAGCUGCUGCAUGUGUUGAAAGCAGCGGAGAAUGCUGGAGCGGCUGCAUCAGAUCUCAUCCCCACUCUGAGCCGCUGUGUGCACAAUCAGUCUGUGCCGCUGGAGCUUCGGCUGGCGGCUGUACGAGCAUUCAGGAGAAUCCCGUGCCAUCAUGACAGGACAGCUCUUGCUCAGGCAUUUCAAAGCCUGCAGGAGAAUGUGGAGCUCAGAAUCGCGGCAUAUCAGCAGCUCAUGACUUGUCCAAACCAGGAGGUUUUCACAAUUGUGAAGACAACGCUGAGCAAUGAGAAAUCUAGUCAAGUUGGGUCAUUUGUUUGGAGUCACCUUUUCAAUAUCCAAAAGACGGAAGAUCCUUUGAAAAAAGACCUGAUGGAGUCACUGCCGGAUGAUAUCUUAAGUAAAGACUUUGAAGCUGAAACAUGGAAAUACUCCUCACAUAUGGACUAUACAAUAGACACGGGAGUGGCUGCUGCUAACAUCGAGGGAGCUGUAGUUUUCUCCCCUGAAUCUUUUCUUCCGCGUUAUGUUAUGGCAAAUCUGACAGUUCACAUCCUAGGCAGAGCAUUCAAUCUUCUGGAGAUAAGCCUAAGAAUGGAGAACCUUGAGCUUGUUCUGAAGAAAAUCUUUGAGGAGCAUCCUCUAGCUCCUGCUGAUCACUCCGACUCUAUGAGGCAGGGACAGAACGGUCGAAACAGGGACGAGAAACAAGGAGGCAGCGAUGGCUGUCGGUCCGCAGGUUUCAGUUCCAUCAAGACUAAGCUCACAGAGCAGAGGAAAAGAGACAGUAGCCUCCGAUGUUUUAUGAACGUGAAGAUGUUUGGCAAUGACCUCGCCUUCAUGACCUGUGAUGACCUUCAUGCGUAUCAAAGAAAGCUGUCACUUAAUACAGCUGGUGUUGUUGUCAAGUUGUUAAAGGGUCAGGAGAUUAAAAUCAGUCAAAGGCCAAUUGUUCUGGCAGAGGAACUGGUUUUACCUUCUCUCUCUGGAUUACCCAUGAGGCUAAGCAUCAACAUGUCCACUCUGUUCUCUCUCAGACUUAAAGGCAUCGCUAACUACAAGAAUUGGUCGCAUUUCUCACUGGCUGGCUAUGUCAAACCAAAUGCACUGGUUGCCCUCUCUGUGAGAGCUGGAGUGGAUGGAGCGUUUGGUCGUGUGGGGUUAGAGUGGGUCUCUCAACUCAAAACCUUCACCAGUUUGGAUGGAGCUAUAUAUCUACACCAUGGACAGAGCCUGAAGGUGGUUCUCAAUACUCCAGAAGAUGUCAUGGAUGUAUUGACCUUCAACUCCAGAAUGUUUCGUGUGAGCGGGGACAGUAAGGAGGAGCUCAUAGCUACAAGAAAUCUCAAGGAGAAGAGCACCUGCACUCCUAAAACAUGGUCUAAGAUGGUUGGAUGGCAGUUAUGUUCUGAUUUCACCUAUCCUUUGACACCGAUGGGAAAAAGUUUUCCAGCUUUGGGCCCAGUUCUUUUUAGUUUCAGAUUGCAAAAACUGGACAAAGGUCUCAAUCAGUACCUCUUGGAGGCAGCCUAUACUUUUGUACCCCAGAGGAUUUCCUGGAUGCCGCUGGAAGCCACUCUGCUCCUCUUUCUUGGCACACCUCAAUCCACGAUCCCCAGAGACGUGUCCCUGGAUUUCAAUCUCAGUCCAAAAAGGCUGAUUCUGAAAAUAACACAUCCUCUAAAAACCGUUCUCGUUCAAGCGCAGAUCGAAGAAUUAAACAACCAACAUUCAGGCAGAAUCGAACUACUGAUAGAUAACAUCCACCAUUAUUUUAUCAAGGGACUACUGGAGACAGUGAAUCUUCCAUCAGAGACGAGAGCACACUUUCAUCUCGAUGCCAAAGUAGUAGCAGAUGGGCAUCCAUUCUCCCUCUCAGUCAACACCACUCAUGCUCGCAGCAGGAGGUUCAUAAUACAGGCUUUGCUUAAAAAUGUCUUCAAUAAGGAUGCAUCACUUUCAGUGCAGUUGGAGAGAAGCUUGGAAGAUGGCCAGAGACGUUAUUCUAUUGAUGCCGGCUUUCUCUUGCCAAAUGCUGUCAGCAUCAGAGCUCUUGGGUUACUGAGGCAAAGAGACCCAGAGUGGAGCUCCGCUGUGAGGGUCAGGUAUGGUGUACAAGAGGAUUCACUGAACAUUCAGGAGUGUCACAUGACCCAGAACCUCCACAGCGAGUCUGACCCGGUCCAGACGUACCGUAUAACAGCAGUGCAUGAACUACACUGUUCCCAUUUCAGCAAAAUAAACCACAAGAUUCACCUUAAACAUGAACGGAGCCCAGUCAACGUGCAGUCAUCACUUGAUGUAAGCUUCGGAAAGCAGUGGAACCAGAGCAGCAACAAACACAGGAUCCUCUUCAGUCAGUCGCUCAGAAACCAGUCUGGACCCGGCCUCACUAGUUAUGCUGUGGAGCUCAGCCUGCGACUUCUAGACAGAGGAUUGAGUUACAGAACUCAGCUUCUGCACUCUUAUUUCAAGAAGCAAAAAUCUGAGAGCAGCACUCACCUGAAAAUCAACUACAACAAUCAAAUGCCUCUGGUAGCUGGCGUCCAUUGGAAGGACGUGUCAACAAAGACCUCCCUUCAAAAAUGGGAAGGUUCAUUCAACAUGGAUACCCCCUGGCUCUAUAUAUACGUAGUUCAAAAACUAACUCAGCCCCAGCGUGGCAUCACGCAGUUCAGCUCUGAGGUCACCACGCGGAAACUGGUGAACAUCCGGAGUGUUACGCUUGAGGGUUUUUUCAAGGAUAGAGGCAAAGAACGACAAGGCCAGCUACAUCUUUUUACACCAACUGCCAGUUAUUUUAAGGUUGGUGGAUGGAACAUGUUGGGCAAGCGUGGAGUUAAAGCUUCAUACUCCAUCAGCUCAGCCUGGACACCAGCAUUACAUGGGCAAAUCUACAUAAUCAACGGCAAGCAAGUAAAGACCCUGGAAAUAAGUGCAGGCUAUGGCAAGCAGGACCUCAAUAUCUCCGCUGUUCUCAGUACUCUGGAUAAGAAGCUAAAGAAGAGGCUUUUGAUGAUGACAAUGAUCUUGUCGGAUCUCAAAAACCCUUAUGCAGAGCUACAGAUGGAGGGUGCCAUAGAGGAGAUACGGAAGGAAAGGAAGUUUUAUCAGAAAAGAUGGAAGCUAAACUUCAGACAACCAUUCAAGUUUCUCCCUCAGAGUCUCAUCCUACAGGAGACAUUUACAAGCGAUCUACAUCAGAAAGUGUAUAUUUUGGAGUCAAAGCUUCUUGUCCAUGGAAACAAAAAAGCCAUUCACGUCCUUACUCUGGGUUUUCAGCCACAGCAACCAUAUGUGUGCUCUUCAAUAGUCCAAUCUUUCAGCACUGAGAGAAUUCCACAAGACUCAAAGAUCUGCGUUACUGUCCAAAACCACCAGACUGCUCGUGAAAUUCAGGGCAGAUUAUGGACUGGAAAAGAUGAAAUACUUGCAGCCUUAGGUCAAGUACAACUUCAUGACCUAACUACAUCUCAGCAAGGUGUUACAAUAAAAGCCAACCUGUCCCAGCUGUUUGAGCCGGAUUUCCCUACCUCUGUCAGCCUUGAUUUAGAGGUGCUCGGGAAUCACAGGAAGAACAGCGAGUUUGAAUAUUAUUCUGAAGGGAAAGUAACCAUUGACGACAAGAAUUACCAUGCUAAUGCAGCAGUAAAAGUAUCUCCUCUUGGAAACAUUGGAAGUUCUAUCAGCCUGAAAGCAAAUGAAAAAAAUGCAACACUUCGCUUUAAUCUAGACAACGAGGUGGCAAAAGGCAUCAGUGCUAUGUUUGUCCAUGCUGGCUUUCAUCAGACCUUAUUCCCAGGAGUCACUUCUGAUGGUCAUAUUCAUUUAGCUGCUAAUUUGUCUUCAGAAAGUCUUUUCUUACAGUGUACAGUGAAAAAAAAAGAGGAGACAUUUAGUGCUCACUUGAGUGGAACUCUUCCUCAGCUAUCUCUUUCAGCAGAUAUUUUCAACUCAAUACAAGAUCUCACUGCUUUACCUAAUUCAGCUAGUCUGGUUGGAGUACUAAACCAGUCAAAGGGUCAAACUGAAGGAGAGCUGACUUUAGUAGUGGAUGAUGCUGUAUAUGGACUGGAAGUGACUCGUCGGCAUGAGAGGAACUCCGGAGAAGAUCUUAGUGCUUUGCUAUGUCUAGUUGCUAUGGAAGAGUCACUGUGUGUAAACAUCAGCAGUAAUGUAACACAUUGCGGGUGCAGAAGUCUUCACGCCCAACUGUCUCACUCUGUCCCUUGGCUUCGUUCUGCAGGACUUCCGUUGAACAGCAGCGCAGGUGUGAAUGUGAACUGGAAUAAGAACGGUGUCUGUGCCCAACUGGAACUUCACGCAGGAGCCAGCGGACUGACAGCCACGCUGGAGCAGAGUUCCCCCCACACCACACAAACCACAGGACGCUCUCAGGUGAACUGCACAGAGGGGAUCAACUCGGGACGCCUGCUGGGCGUCUGCUCUGGGCAAGACCAGGAAGACUCGCUGAAGGUUGGAAUCAGAGCCGGUUUUUAUAACUCCCAGAGUUCAGCUUUCUCAUUUGAUCUUCAAGGUCACCACAAUGCCUCCAGCAUUGGACUAUUGGCAAACAUUUCCCACAACGUAUCUGCUUUACAUCCAUUCUUGCCGUUUGAGUUUCACUCAAAAUCACAGCUGAGCCGUGCACAGUCUUCAGUUAGAGGUACUGCAGAACUUCUGGUUGGCGCGACUGGCUUGGCUUUCGAAGCAGAGAUCUCCAGUACGAACUCUGGCUUUAAACAAGUGCUCGUGUUCAAUCACUCAAUACCUCAGCUGCACGUAUUGCCCAAAAAUCUGACAGUGAGGACGCGCUACGGUGGAAAGAGAGGGUCACACACUCUCACGCACCGAGCACAGUGGGAGACUCAAGAUUUGACACAAACCGACUCCUCAGAUGAUGUUACACACUUACAGAGUUAUCCAGAACUGACAGGAAAGGUUCAGGGCUGGGGUCUGGAUCUUAGGGUAGAGAAUGACACUCAAAGAAAACUAGGCGAUCUAAGUCUCGACUGGAUACUGUUUGGACGCCAUGAUCAGGUCGGAGUUCAAGGCUCUUGGACUUUGAUGAGCAGACAAACGGAUUCAUUAGAACAGAAACAGCCCUUUGUUUCAACAUUGACUCACUUUCACAUACAUGCCCUGUCCCAUGGGCCCGACCGCAGACAAAAACGCAACAAGCAGACCCAUCUUUCACGGGAGCAAGGAAAGCCUGUAAAUGUUUCUGUAACAGUGAGCGAGCACUGGCACGAUGACUACAGCAGAGGGCAGGCCUGCAUCUUUCUCUCACCAGGACAGAUACAGUCGUUGCUCCCCCUAGUGAAGAUGGAAGGAUGUGUUGCCGUGGCUCAGGAAGGGAAGACCUACUCCCAAAACACAGAGCUCAAAUGGAAGGACAAGAGGAUUACUCAAAGCAUGAAAUACCAGGGAGGAGUAAAAGGAAUGCACACCCUCCUUGUGGAGCUGGGUGCCCAAAACAUUUCUCCGUCUCCCUGCCCGUCUCACUCUCUCCUGACCCAGAUACACACCAACCUGAGGGACCAUCUUGAACACCAUAUUCAGAUCGGCCUCUGUCCUCCACAGCCUGCCUUAAUUUGGUCUGGAUCUCACAGAGUGAACUCAGGCAAGGAGCUGUUGUACACUCACACCCGUGUGUCCGUGUCCGGACACCCUCAGCACAACACCUUCACGCUGUCGCUCAGAAACAUCAGCAGCAGUCAGCGCUCCAACUACUCACUGAUCGCAGAGUGGCAGGUAGGGAACUGGAGUGUGGAAUUGGCCUGCAGUUCCCUUUCUUCUGGCAGGAAUGUGGCAGUCCAGGUUCAUGCAAAACUAGACCGCAGUGAGAUGCUAUGGCUGCAGGGGGCGCUGGGAAAACGCUGCCUUCGAGCCGCUGCGGGAUACGACACAGAAACGUCUGAUGAUAUCAGAGCGGCGUUAUGUCUGGAGGGACAUCACUGGUUUACUCUGGAGGCUCAGCGAGGAGGUCGGGGCACUGAAAAUGAGACCCUUACCCAUAUUUCUGUAGGAGCAGCCAAUCAGAGUCUGCUAUUUCGAGCUAAGGGAUGCAGGGAAUGCCUGUGGGCAGCGGAGGCACGCCUCCAGCAGCUGGGGUCUCGGAUAAGGAGUAAACUAUUGGACAGAGUUCAGAGACUACAGCAUCUACUUUUAACAUUCAGAAGACAGGCGGGGGACAGUAUGUUCCUGUUGGAGCUGAGUGAGGGGCCGCUGGCUCUGACCCAGAGAGCCGAGACUCUGCUGCUGCAGAGAGCAGGAGCUCUGUGGAAAGCGUGGACCACUGGCCCACUCCGACAUGUGCUCACACACAGCCUACCGCACACGCUCCAUGUACUGCAUCUCGUAUCUCAACAGGUCCAACAAGAACUCAGGAAACCCCUGGCCACUCUAGCUGGAGCAUACCACGAUGUGACAGGGGUGCGUUUGGAUACCGCGUGGCAGCAAGGAGUGCAGCUGUGGACCAGAAAGCUUACGGAGCUUUUGCCUGCAAUACUUCACGAUCCUCACCUGAGGGCGCCGUCACUGACCGCAUUGCAUGUUGCCAUCUUCGCAAUGGACAUGGUGAGCCAGCAGACCUUUCAGUGGAUGGAGGCCAGAUCAGCUGCCAUGCUAGUGGGUAUCAGAAGGCAGAUUGCACUAAUGUACAAGUUCUCCAAAAGUGAGGGUGAGGUGAUCUUUAGGGUGCCACUUCCUGUGGAUCCCUGGCUGAAGGUGAAGGAGGCAGGUGUGACUGAAGUUCUCCUGGAGGAGUUUGUCCUGAAGCCUCUUCUGGCCUUGAACUCUUUGAGCCCUACUGCAGAAUUCUACCGGCUGAAGAGGAAGAUAAUGGACAGUCCUGUUAACUAUCAGGCAUUUCUAGUGGCAGAUGUCUAUUUGGUGUCGUUCGAUGGACAUUUGUUCAAACUCCCAGCUACCUGCGACUUCGUCCUAGCAACUGAUGUCUUCCAGCACACCUUUAGCAUUGCUUUGAAGUCUGACAGGUUCAAGCGCCGCUCACUUGUGGUGCAAAUGCAAAGCACAAAGAUCGCAAUUCACACAAAUGGAGAGGUGGAGGUCAAUUGCCAUAUUGCACAUAUACCAUACACCAACCGUGAAGUGGCUAUAAGAAAGGAUGUGAACUUAAUUGAGGUGUUCAAUCACAAAGGACUUUGGGUAUCUUGUGACCCUCAUCUAGAAGUUUGCAGUGUGAUCCUAGAUGGAUGGCUUCAUGGUGUGUCCGCUGGUCUUUUAGGAACCAAUGAUAAUGAGGCAGCUAAUGAGCUUCUUCUGCCAGAUGGCUCCCACACACACAGUGUGCUUCAGUUCACUCACAGCUGGCAGGUGGACUCAGAUUGUGUCAGCGGGAAACCCGAAAUCUGUCAGAAUGGCACCGCUGACUCCCUGUUGUGCACAUUUCUGUUCUCCUCCACAAAUUCUCCUUUGAGCCCCUGUUUCAGAGUGGUGGAUCCUGUGCAGUUCAUAAUGAAGUGUGAAGGACUUGGCCGUGUAUGCGUUUCCAAACCAUCCGUUUGCGCAUUGACCUCGGCCUAUAUCCAUCUAUGCCAUAGAAACUAUGUUCCACUCGAGCUGCCAGUGCAAUGUGUGUAAGAGUGGGGUCUGGUUUACUGCAGUGAUGCUGUGACUCCAGUGAAGACAUGAGACGUCAGCUGACCUGUUCGAAAAUUAACAUGUACAGAAUCAUUCCUGUUAUUAUCUUUAUUACUAAUACAAUUAUUAUUAUUAUUCUUAUCUCAUAUGAUUAAUAGACUAACAAGGUUUUUGUUUUUUUUAACCUUUUUUUGUAAUAUGCAGCAUUUUGUGUAACCAAGAACAUAGAAUCUUUUAUUAAAUGGAAACAAAUAAGUCUUACAAAAUCAAAAUGUAUUUGUAAAGUUAGAAAUCGGUACAUAAGUAUAAUUUUUACAUUUUUACUAGUUUCUUUUAGUCUUUUCUAACAUAUUAUAAAUCGAUAUCUGUAAGAACUACAGUAAUAACCAGUGUUGGGAAGCUUCUUUUGGAAACGUAAUAAGUUACCGAGUUUGAGAUAUAAUAAGUAGUGUAACUAAUUACAUUUUUAAAUACAUUUUUAAUUGUUAAUCAAUUUUCUAACUUGUAAACCAGGCAGAGUUAACCUUACAGUACUUUCAAAAUCUUUCAUGACUUGAAUUAAGAUUAUAAUGUUUUAAUUUUAAAGGAGACGUUGGAUGGGAAAUUUGCACCUCAGCAGUCUGUGGACCACAAGCGCUCCACAAUGAUUUAAGCUUUGUUUUUAUUGCUCACAACUGCUGAUGUACUUUACAGUAUUGGCCUAUUUUCGCCCUCAGCCUCACAAAGUUCAUAAUUUCUCUGCGAACAGCUGUAGCAACAAUUUCUUGUAAACAGUGUUCAUCAGAAAAAUACAAAAAAAAAUUAUUCCAGAAUGCUUUAUGAUUGAGGCAAAGUUCAAGGCAGGUUUUGUUAAAUAGUUAAAACUCAAGGAUAGAUCAGUGCCUAUUGUUUGUGAUCUAGCCGCACCUCCGAAAGUGGUGAGCAGAGCUAAUUAGCAUUUAAAGAGACAUGCACAGAAAUUAGCCGCUGUGUUCUUUUUACGUGGCCUGUGAGGAAUUUUACGAAAGCCUAAAAAUCAUACCAACUUGUAGAAAACGGGCAUCCAAUAUUCCUUUUGGAACACAGCCACCACAAAAUUAGACUUACUUUGCGAUCCGUCUGAGAUUAAAUACAUAUUUAAAGUCAUAACAAGAAAUAUUUUAAUAUCUAUGAGCUAUAUAGGCAUCUAACAGUUCUGUGAAACAAAAGAAACAGUUAAUUGUAAAUAUUCAUGAACCCAUAUAGGA